AUGCCGAAAAGUUUUUCAUUCCUGGUAAUCUAUCUAUCUAUCUAUCUAUCUAUCUCACAUAACAACAUAACUUUCUAUCUCAUUUUGUUCACAUCCAUCUAUCUAUCUAUCUCAUUUUGUUCACAUCUAUCUAUCUAUCUCAUUUUGUUCACAUCUAUCUAUCUAUCUAUCUAUCUAUCUAUCUAUCUCAUUUUGUUCACAUCUAUCUAUCUAUCUAUCUAUCUAUCUCAGUUUGUUUACAUCUAUCUAUCUAUCUAUCUAUCUAUCUCAGUUUGUUCACAUCUAUCUAUCUAUCUAAGUUUGUUCACAUCUAUCUAUCUAUCUAUCUAUCUCAGUCUAUUCACAUCUAUCUAUCUAUCUCAGUUUGUUCACAUCUAUCUAUCUAUCUAUCUAUCUAUCUAUCUCACUCUAUUCACAUCUAUCUAUCUAUCUAUCUCAUUUUGUUCACAUCUAUCUAUCUAUCUCAGUUUGUUUACAUUGAUCUAUCUAUCUAUCUAUCAUCUAUCAAAUAAUUCUAACAUCUAUCUAUCUAUCUCAUUUUGUUCAAUAUCUAUCUAUCUAUCUAUCUAUCUAUGUAUCUCAGUCUAUUCACAUCUAUCUAUCUAUCUAUCUAUCUAUCUCAGUCUAUUCACAUCUAUCUAUCUAUCUAUCUAUCUCAGUCUAUUCACAUCUAUCUAUCUAUCUAUCUAUCUAAUCUAUUACAUUCACUUACGCGCUGAUACCCUUGGGAAAGUUAUGAAUCCUCUUCUUCUCCCUCCCCCAAGCUAUGGGUAA